AUGAAGUUCGAUUAUGAUCUUCUGGUUGAAAUUCUAUGUCGUCUACCUGUUGAAAGUCUAUUACGCUUCAGAUGUUUGUCAAAAACAUGUUGUUCCUGUAUUGACAGUCCAGAUUUCAUCAAACUCCAUCUUAAUCGAUCCAUAAAAACUCGCACAAAUCGUAGCCUCGUUAUUCAUGAAAUUUUGCCCAAGGGUUCUACUUAUGCGAUUGAUUUAGACUCAUCAGAAUCAAAUAGACAUCCGAUGAAGCUUCAUCAUAAGUUCCACGGAGAUGUUUUUGGUUCUUGCAAUGGCUUGCUCGCUAUAUAUAAUGGUGAAGAUCUGACCUUGUGGAAUCCAGCAACGAAGAAGCACCGAAAUUUACCAAGAUUUUGGGAUCACUGCCAAAGCGAUGAUAAAAUGCUGCGUGGAUUUGGCUACAAUGCUGAGAACGAUGACUACAAGGUGAUCGUAAUAACUCAACUCUUUUUCAUGUACCAUCCGACAUUUUGGGUUUAUAGUUUGAAAGCAAAUUCUUUAACAAGGACUGAUGUCCUCAUUGAUUGUUCUAUUAUUAAUGAUAAUAGACAUGAUUCCGUUGGCGUUUUUGCUGGAGGAUCAGUGCAUUGGGUGGUUAAUCGCAGAGGUUACUUUGAUAAUAAAGUGAUACUUGCAUUCAAUUUGAAUAACGAGAGUUUCUGCGAGCUGCCGAAACCUCGUACAAGGAGUACAGAUUUAGUCAUGUACUUGGGGGAGCUUGGAGGAAGCCUCGCCAUAAGUUAUCCAUGGGAUUGUGAGAUAUGGGUUAUGAAAGAAUAUGGAGUAGAGGAAUCUUGGACUAAAUUAUUUUAUGUCUCCCAUUUUCGUAAUGGAAUGUAUUAUAAAAUUUGUGACCCAUAUCUGAAACCUUUGUGUUAUUCGAAAACUGAAACUGGCCAUGAAGCCUUGUUGGUUGUUCAAGAUAGUGAAUAUUUUCUCUUGUGUGAUUUAGAGAAGGAAGGUACUAAGAAACUUGCAAUUUUUGGAUCUUUACAGCAUAAGAGGUGUAAUAGAAUCUCAGCUAAUAUUUGUGUGAGAAGCCUUGUUCCAAUCAAUUUUGAUUUUUGA